AUGGGAAUCUGCAGCUUUCAAAGGGCGGUGCUCGUCUUUUUCCUCUCCAGCAAUGCGGUUCACGCAUUUGCUCCCUCUGGUCGUCACAACCAUCAUCCUGCCCGUGCAGGGGUAGCAGGAAAACUGCUUGACAGUUCUUUCGAGACGAAACUACGAAUGCAACCAAACUACGAGACUUCUUCUUCUGAUGACUACCAAUCAGGUGCACCAAUGUCUCUAUCAUCGACCUUUCGACAGCAACGGAGAGACUCACAGCAACCACUGCGAGCCGUGGCCGUGGCAGAAGAUCUGGAGGGACAACAACGAGGAGAAGAAGGAGAAAACCUACUCUCUACAGAUGGUUUGGGGCAAGUUUUGAGUGGAGCUUCCUUGGUCACUGGUUCCACCGUGGGAGCAGGAAUGCUGAUUCUACCCUCACUGGCAGCUGGCCCCGGCUUUGCCAUUUCUACCGCUAUGUUCUUGGCCAUUUACGCUCUGGUGGUGACAUCUGGCCUGGUGAUUGCUGAUGUGGCCAUUAAUCAACAUGAAAGUGGUUAUGAAGUACCAAGCUCUUUUCAAGAGUUUGCACAAGCCAACUUGGGAGAUAAUGCCUGGAUGGCCAAGGGAGUCUCUGCCAUUCCUGUCGCAGUCAAUUCACUGGUGCUGGUAUUUGCCAUUAGCAAAGCGGGAGACUUACUGGCAUCUCUAUUCCAGCAACAAUCCAUCCUGGUCGAUCCCACCAUGGCUUCCUUGGGAUUCAUGGCACUCCUUGGAACUUGCUUGGGGACACUGACUGGGAAACAGCUCUCGGCGGUCACGUCCGUCUGCGUCACAACACUUCUGGUGGCAUUUGGAGGAAUCCUGUUGCCAGGGCUAGCCAAUGUACAGGAUCCCAUGGCAACUCUCAUGGCCCCGGGAACUGCUGGAGACGAAUGGAUGUCCUCGGUUGCCACGGCGGCUCCCGUUGUGUUGACAGCAUUGCAGUUUCAGAAUGUUGUCCCAUCCCUGACCAAAAUUCUCGACUACGAUCGAUCCAAAACAGUGGCUGCCAUUGCACUGGGGUCCUUUCUACCAUUGGCCAUGUAUGUCGCAUGGUGCUUUGCCGUGUUGGGAGGAGGCGACCAUGGAGGAGUGGCGGGACCACUCAUGACAGUAUUCGCCGGCGUGACCCUCUUGGGAUCUUCGAUUGGAGCAUCCAUGAGUGUCACGGAAGAAGUGGAAACGUUUGUGGCGGCCGGAGAUGAAACCACCAAAAAGAGCAAGGAGUCGGUCUUUUCUCCUCUCGCAGUGCUCUUGUCCCUGGCAUUUCCACUGGCCGGUGUCUAUGCCUUUUCCAAUGGCAAUGAUGCGAGUGCCGCACUGGGUGUGGCUGGAGCGUUUGGGUCGCCACUCUUGUAUGGGAUUCUCCCAGCUAUGAUGACAUACAAUCAAAGACAACAGGUGGCGGAUGCCAAGUCGCUUGUCCCUGGUGGGCUAGCCAGCGUUGGAGCUCUAGGUGCUGCAGCAGCCAUCUAUGUCGGAGAAGGACUUGCAACGCACGUUACGGAUCUUCUGGCUGUGUCUUGUUGA